AGGCCUCGUCAGGGGUCUGGACUCCUGUCUCCGUAGGCGGCGAGGGCGUGCGAACUGGGGGGAAGGCAACCGCCGCGCCGCCUCUCCGCCCUCGGCUCCCCUGCCGCCGCCGGCCUCUCCGUGCCCUUCUCUCCCCCGCGGGCGCCUCCCCACCUCGCCGCCUCCCUGCCGCCACCGACUACGGAUUCCGUGCGUCCCCCGACACCGCCGCCCUACCCAGUCCGUGCUUCUCCGCCGCUGCCCCCCUCCUCUCAACCGCGCCGCAGGCAACCUCGGCCUCUUCAAGGAGGGGCCAAAAGGUUCAUCCUCGCCGUCACCGGGGAAGCACCUUCGUGGCGUCACCAGUGACUUUGGCAGGUCAAAACAACUUCCUGGAGGCCACAAAGGGGGUUUGGACAUGAUUGAUGAUGAGGCUAACUUUGGCGACAUCACUGAUGCCCCUGCAGAAGCGGAAGCUGCUGCAAAGUUUCAUCCUAAUAAGCUGCGUGGCAAGCUUCGGAAGAAAUCUGUGCCAUCAAGAUCUGUUGUACCCAAUCGUACAGUGGAAACAAGUGAUGAGAAGGCUCUAGCUUUAAGUCAAGAUAAUUUGUCUCAAGGACUUGCUACGAAUCAAGAAAUAGCAUCUUCGGCCGUUCAUGGUAGUGAAACGAUUGGUGGUGCGGAAGUUUGUGGGGGCACUAUUUACACACCUUCUGAUGAUGUGCUGGCAGUUUCUUCUGUAGAUAGGGUUUCACAAAAUGACGAUCCUCAUGAUGAUCCAUCUGAAGUAGCUACGCUCCAAGAAAGCUUGGUUGUUUCAGAUACCCAAGCAUCAUCCACCCAUCCAACUAGCAAGACAGUUGAUGAUUUAGCUGACUUUGGGGAACUAUUUGACACACAUUCUGAAGAGGAAAACGCUGCAAAGUCCAAGCUAAAAAUUAAGGUGAAACUCAGCAAGGCAGCAUCCAAGUACCGAAAGACUGGCCAAAAGAAGGCAGCUUCAACUGUAGACGUGGUCUCACAAAAUAAAGAGGAUGGUAACGAUGAUGUCAGAGGAUGCAACGAUGAGCAGGUACAAGCUCAACAUGAAGAACAUGUACAGACCUCAGAUUCUCAGCCACCCUUGGGAACUGAUGAUGGUACAGUUGACAAUUUUGUUAACCACAACCGCAUCCUUGAAGAGCCUGGUCCAGAGGAAACGGCUGCAAAGUUAUGCCCUAAAUCACAAAGAAAACCUGGCGGGGCUUCAUCCAAGGCUGUUGGGACUAGUGAUGAUUAUGCAGCAGCUAAUCUAAAGGAUAUCAAUGCUAGUGUUGAUAUAGACUCUCAAGAUGGGCUGAUAAAUCCUCAUACUGAUGAUACUCAACCGAUCUUUGGAGAACCCUCAGCUGAAGCUGCUGCUACAUUUCUACUUGAUCUUGGAAAGAAAAAGAGCAAAGGCAAAUCAGUAACAUUUGUUCUACCAGAUGAUUAUGAGGGGGUCGCUGCAACAGAUACCAACCAUAAUGACAUAGGAUCUGAUGAAAAUUUGAACACCUUGCCUCAGCAAGCACCUCAAAAGCAUUGUCUUACUGAAGAACAUUCAGACGAUCAGGAAUAUACUGAUAGGGAGAGCCAGUACUAUGAGGGGGAGCGAUCAGAUCAUGGUGUUGAACAACAAUCCAAAUUGGAUGUUGGAAAACAAGAAUUAUCAAUGAAGUUAAGAAGCAGGACAGAGAUUCAGAAGGUUGGGUUAUCUGAGCAUAUUGUUGACGAUCAUCUUGAUGAAGAUUUUGUUGAACCUUCAGCAGCCGAACAAAAUAAUGAUAGUAGCGACGAGAACACUGCUGGAGGAAAGCAGAAGGCACCAAGAAAGUCAAGGAAGAAAGAUCCAAAUAAAGAACCUUUGAGGGGUUCCAAGCGCACCUCGACGAAAUCCACUUCGGAAAAAUCACAGCCGAACCAGCAGAAAAAUAAAAGUGAAGUAUCGUCACGCGGUCGUAAGAGAGCCUUGAAAGAUACAAUGACAGAACAGCCUGAGAAGAAGCUUACUCACAGAAUUCGUCAAAAAAGAGCUCAAGAAGUGCAAACGUUACUUCAAAAACCUGAUCAUGAGAUAGAUCGCAUGAAGCUAAGUGUGACGCAUCUCAGGUUGUUACAAGAGGCCAGAGAGCGUAUUCAGAGUAAAACACCGUCAGGACCAUCAUCCUCUAAUCAAAGCAGCUCCCGUUUUGGAGAUACUGACGAUUUUGAUCCUUUUGGAGAUAACUAUGACAAUGACAGAACAGAGAAUCAGGCGCUAGAAAGUGCUACUAAACUGAAUUACCAUUCUUAUAUGGACAAAAAGACACGGGCCAAAUGGACAAAAUCUGACACUGACUUGUUUUACCAGGGUCUUCAACAAUUUGGUAGUGAUUUUGCAAUGAUACAGCAACUAUUCCCAGAUAAGUCCCGUGAUCAGGUACGGCAAAAGUUUAAAAGUGAGGACAAAAAGCAUCCAAUGCAAGUCCACGAUGCUAUACUUCAUCGCUCGAGAGAUAACUUGUAUUUAAAACAAGUAAUGAAACAGCUCAACAUUGAAGAUUCGCUCAAAGACAUCAACAUUACACAAAAACAAGAGGUUGCAUCAACUGAAGGGAACACUGGAAAUGAUGUUAUUUCUGAAACUAACACGUUCAGUGUUGAGAAUGUUUCGAAUUUGUCAGAUGAAGAGAUGGGCACGCACCAAUCUGAGGUCAAAGAAGGGGAGGAUGUUGCAGCUGGAAAUGCUGAUGAUGUUGACCUGGAUGUUUUUGAUUGGUACUAGCACGAUAGUCACGCUGAAAAUCAGGCAGAAAUUAUUUAGGAUCUCACGGUUCUGCCAACCCUGUGAGCCAAGGACAUGUUCUAUGUCGAACAUUUUUGCUCACAGGUUUAGCUAGUUAGGGAUGCGAGAUACGGAUGCAGAUAGUACGGUUGUUACGUUGAUUACCGUUUUAUUUCACUCUUGCAAGUUACUGCUGUACUCUUCAGUAGUGUUGGUUUUUCUAUUUCAUGCAAACUUUGUAG